AUGGAUGACAGCGUUCCCCUCUACCAUCUGCCCCUCUAUGGCGGCCCGCUGCAGUCCCGCAACAACACAGAGUCUUUUUCUUUUCCCCGGGCCUUCACUUGCCCCACGUACAGCACAGACUCCCAGCAGCAGCAGCAGCAGCAGCAGCAGCAGCAGCAGCAGCUGCAGCAGCAGCAGCAGCAGCAGCAGGGUGCUGCAGCUUACUUGGGCUACGCCUCGCUUGUUAAUGCAGCAACUAAAAGUCCCUACAGAGGCAGCGAAGAGCAACGGCAGCAAGGACUCCAGCAGCAGCAACUGCAGCAGCUCCAACAGCAACUGCAGCAACAGCUGCAGCAGAAGGCUCCGCUGGUGCUGCUCUAUCAGCAGCACCGUCAUCAUCAGCAGCAGCAGCAGCAGCAGCAGCGGCAGCAGCAGCAGCAGCAAAAUGAUCAGUUUUAG